AUGUCCUUUAAAAGCUCACCUCCGACCACCCUCUACAAGAUCCUCACCGUGUCCGAGCAUGAGGAACUGCAACUGAAAAACCUGGCUUUUGAACCAUAUUGGCGUGGAACAAGCCUCGACCACACUGACGGAUUUAUACAUUUAUCCAAUGCCAAGCAAGCUCCCAUUGUUGCCGACCGUUUUUACCAGGACCAACCAGAGAUUGUGCUUUUAAAGAUACCUUACACACUACUGCAAGAUUCAGUAAAGUUUGAGCUCCCUUGUCCGCCUGGCGCGAGUCCGGAAGAAAGAUUAAAACUAAAGGAAGCGGAAAGCAAGGAAGUUGAGAAUGGAGAGAGCGAAUUGUUUCCUCAUCUUUACGGCGAGUUGGAUCUGAGUGCAGAAAGUCUCGAAUGGGAAAUUGUAAAUAGGACAGAAACCGGGUUUAAAGAGUCAAUGUCACGGUUGAAAUGGUGACCGGCUACUUGGUUGACUAAUACAGGUGGCCUCUGGAAGA